AUGCUGAACGAAUCUUUGGUGUUCGGCCCCUUCGUGAGCCUGGACACCUUCGUCAUCCCGCACGGAGGGAGGUACCCCAUCUUUUUCGUGGGCCUCCUCAUUUAUUUGUUCUGCGUCUUUUGCAACCUGACCCUGCUGAGCUUGAUCAUCCUGCGGAGGAACCUCCACAAGCCCAUGUACUUCAUCCUCUUCAGCCUCCCCCUCAACGACCUGAUGGGCAUCACCGCCAUGCUCCCGAAGGUCCUGUCUGACAUCGUCACCGAGACCAACCAGAUCUCCUACACGCUGUGCGUGUUCCAAGCCUUUCUGCUGCACUUGUAUGGUGGCGGGAUUCUGUUCAUCCUGGCGGCCAUGUCUUUGGACCGCUACAUCGCCAUCUGCAUGCCCUUACGCUACAGCUCCGUCAUGACCCCCAGGGUUGUGGCGUGCAUCGUCGCCCUGACGUGGGGUCUGGACUUCAUCCUCAUCACCUUGCUCUUCUCGCUGCAGUCCAGACUUCCCCGGUGCAAAUCCGUCAUCAAGAACGUGUUCUGCGACAACCCCUCGCUUCUGAAGCUCAGGUGCGGAAACACCACGGUCAACAACGUCAUCGGCUUGUUCGCCACCACCGUCAUGCAGGCCAUAAGCGUGUCCAUUCAGGCCUUUUCCUACGUGAAGAUUCUCAUCACCUGCGUGGUCACGAGGAGGUCUGACGCCAAGAAGAAGGCGAUCAACACCUGCGUGGCGCAGCUGGUGAUCAUAAUCAUAUUCGAGGUCGUGAGCACGUUUACCAUUUUAUCUCACAGGUUCAAAAACGUGUCGAGUGACCUGCAGAAGAUCAUGGGGGUGCUGAUAUUUCUCAUAUCUCCGUUUCUGAACCCGCUGGUGUACGGGCUCUACACCAGCGAAAUACGACACACCAUGCUGAGGGUCUUACAAAACAGAGCCUUUGUCUAA